AGUUGGGAGCAGUGAAGGGGUGGAAGACUUGGGAGGGGGGAAGUUUGGUUUUGCAGGCGGAGAAAUGACGAUCGACGACGACAACUCUAUAUACGUGGGCGGACUCCCUUACAAUGCCACCGAGGACAGCAUCCGCAAGGUCUUCAAUUUGUACGGUGCCAUCGUCGCUGUUAAGAUUAUUAAUGAGCGGGGCGUUGGGGGAAAAUGCUAUGGAUUUGUUACCUUUACAAAUCCUCGAUCGGCAAUUGAUGCCAUUAAUGACAUGAAUGGCAGGGAUAUUGAUGGCCGAAUUGUUGUAGUAAAUGAAGUAAGGACCAGAGGUGGGAGAUCAAAUUUUGGUCGUGAAAGUUUUCGACGUAAUUCUGAAAGGGGCAUGGAUUGGGAUAGGGGCAGGGAUAGAGAAAGGGAUUAUGGUCAUGAUAAGGACCAUUUUCGGGAUCGAAACAUUGAUCGAUCUAGAGAUCAUGAUCGAGAGAGAGAAAGAGGACAUGAGCGUGCACGUGAUCACGAUCGAACAAGGGAUCGUUUCAUGGAUAGAAAUCGAGAUCAAGACAGAGACAUGGAGGACAAUGAGCAAGAACAUAGCAGAAACCAUGACCAGGAUUGGGAAAGAGACCGUGAGAUGGACUGGGAUCAAGAUAGGGAGAUGAACAACACCAACGAUCACGAUAAAAGUGGAGACAAAGAUGAACACUCAAAGAAACGAAAUGGUGGUCGGCAUAGCAGAGGACUUUCAUCAGAUUCAGAUGGUGAUUAUCAUGACCAGGUGGAAGAGGUGGAUAGAUCAAUUCAGAGGCGGGAAGAACUCCAAAAAGAGAUAUCUCAGAUGGAAGAGAGGUUGGAAGAGAAGCAACAACUUGUUUUGGACUUACAGAAAAAAUCCUUGAAAUUGGAGGGCGCAUUGACUGCUGCAAAGAAGCUAUCUUCACAACGUCAGUUGCAGUUGACCAAGCUGCAUAGAUGUUUUCUGCAAGUAAAAGAGAACACUGAAAGACUUAAAAGCUGUGAACAGGAACUCCAGACUGUUCUUGGUGCAGCAAUGAUGGAAAUCGACAUUGUUGAUGAUGUUGGCUUAAGAGAUGGUAUCCUAGAAAAUGGCAGAACAUGAUGUGGCAGUGAGCAGUAAUGCAGGCUGUAAAGUAUAUGCAGUUUUGCCUUUGGUAAUGAGUAUUCAUAUUUUCCUGCCAAUGUUGGCACAAAAUCUGCUGGCCUAUCAAACUUAUUAUCAAAUUCUAGAUGCAGGCUGUAAUGCAUUUGAUGGGGCAUUUGUGUUCAGUUUUGCCCCCUGUUGUCAAAAGUCAGAUUGUCCUGUAGAUAUCUGUUGUGAAAUUGCCAGUAUGGUAACUUACUAUUACCAAACAUGAUCUAACAUCGAAUUUUAUGGUUGAUAAGUCUCUCCUGUUUUAAUGUUGUUUUAUGGAAGGCCCAUUUGCUGAA